UGAAACUUGAAAUAACUCUCUAACAAAACAAAAGUAACCCCUCUCAAAUUUCCCCCAAAUUCUUUCAUUCAUUCUCUCUUUAUCCCCUCUCCUUACGCUAAUCGACCGGUAAAUAGUUUUUGCUGCUGUUCCGCCGUCCGCCGGCGCGUGUUUGUUACCCGCGACGGCUAGUGAGUACGAUUGCUAACGUGCUAACGUUUAAGGAAUGAAGAAUAGGACUUUGGUUUGAGGUUACAGUCAGAAUGGCCUUUUUUAGAAACUAUGCUAAUGGUACAGUUUCAGACGAUGUUUUAAAUGACAAGAGCCAGGGUAGAACUACAGAAAGAGCCGAGAGCAUUGUAGGAGGCAUUGAUUUGGAAACAACUUCGAGUGUGGAUAAAGGAUUUGCAACAAAGAUGGAAGAUGAGGAUGAUGAUAGCUUAUUGAAUUUAACAGCUUCUAAUGCUGCUACUACAACAAGGAAAGCAACUGGGAGAUGGGGCUCAACAUUUUGGAAGGAUUGUCAACCCAUGCAUCAGACAGAGGAAUCAAAAAGCAGUUCUGCUUACAACAAUGAAAACGGAUCUGGCAAUGAUUUGUCAGAAGUGGAUAAGGCAAAUAAGGGUCAUAAUGUGGAUGAGAUGUUGUCUGAUGAUUACUACGAGUUGGAUGGAGAUGACCAAAGUGAUUCAAAGCUGUUAAAUAAUGCAGCUGCAGGUGGUUAUAAUUCAAUGCCACAACGAGUAGUUUCUGUCAAUAACUUCAACUCAAAAGAUUCAUCUCGGGGUGCAUACGUAGAAGAAGAUGCUGAUUUUGAAGAUGAUGAUGAGGAGGAAGAAGAUGAAGAUGACCCUGCUGAUGCAGAUUUUGAUCCUGACUUAGUCACCACAAGUGUUGGAAGAGGGAAGAAGGUACAAGAUGAUGACUGGGAUGCUGAGGAUUUGGAUGAAGAAGAUAACUCUGAGGACAAUGAAAUAGACAUUUCAGAAGAUGAUUUUUAUAAAAAACCAAGUGGUAUGCAAAGGCAGAAGCGAAAGCCUAGUAGAGAACCCAAACCUUCUACUUCUACAUCUUUUGGCAGGAGGAAAAGAGGGAGAGCUUCAUUUGAUGAAGAUGACUCAUCUCCAGAUGAUGAUUUAGAAGAGGACUUCAAAAGUACAAGAAGGAAAAGUACAAAAGCUUCCGGAAGGAUGAAUGAAGUUAGAACUUCUACUAGAUCAGUGCGGAAAGUAUCAUAUGUUGAAAGCGAAAGUGAGGAGCAUGAUGAUGAUAUCAAAAGAAAGGGCCACAAGGAGGACAUGGAAGAGGAAGAUGGUGAUUCGAUUGAGAAGGUGCUAUGGCAUCAACCAAAGGGCAUGGCAGAAGAAGCUGCACAAACCAACAAAUCCACAGAGCCUUUACUGUUGAACCAAUUAUUUGACUUGGAGCCAGAUUGGAGCAAUACUGAGUUUUUUAUCAAGUGGAAAGGCCACUCACAUUUGCAUUGUCAAUGGAAAUCGUUUUCUGAACUACAAAAUCUGAGUGGCUUUAAAAAGGUUAUAAACUACACUAAGAAAGUUAUGGAGGAUAUAAGGCACAGGAGAACAGUAUCUCGUGAGGAGAUCGAGGUCAUUGAUGUUAGCAAGGAGAUGGAUCUGGAUCUUAUCAAGCAGAAUUGUCAGGUUGAGAGAAUAAUUGCUGAUAGAAUUGGAAAAAGUUCAGAAGUGCCAGAGUAUUUGGUUAAGUGGCAAGGACUCUCCUAUGCUGAAGCAACCUGGGAGAAGAUUGAUGAUAUUGCUUUUGCACAAGCAACAAUUGAUGAAUACAAGGCUCGAGAAGCUGCAGUUACAGCUGCACAUGGAAAAAUGGUAGAUUUCCAAAGAAGAAAGAGUAAAGCAAGUUUGAGAAAACUUGAUGAACAGCCCGAAUGGUUAAAAGGUGGGAAACUAAGAGAUUAUCAACUUGAGGGCUUGAAUUUUCUUGUUAAUAGUUGGAGAAAUGAUACAAAUGUUAUAUUAGCUGAUGAAAUGGGUCUUGGCAAAACAGUUCAGUCUGUUUCUAUGCUUGGUUUCUUACAGAACUCACAACAAAUUCAUGGACCCUUUCUUGUUGUUGUUCCUCUAUCAACUUUGUCAAAUUGGGCUAAAGAAUUCAGAAAGUGGCUUCCUGAUAUGAACAUGAUUGUAUAUGUUGGGACUCGUGCUAGCCGAGAGGUUUGUCAGCAGUACGAGUUUUUCUCUGAUAAGAACACAAACAAUGUUGGAAUUGGAACUACUAAGUUUGAUGCACUAUUGACUACAUAUGAAGUUGUAUUAAAGGACAAGAUGGUUUUAUCAACAAUUAAGUGGAACUAUCUUAUGGUUGAUGAAGCACAUAGAUUGAAAAACAGUGAAGCUUCAUUAUAUACAUCACUCAAUGAAUUCAGCACGAAAAACAAGCUUCUUAUUACUGGGACUCCCUUGCAAAACAGUGUUGAAGAACUAUGGGCGUUGCUUCACUUUCUUGACUCUGAUAAAUUCAAUAGCAAGGAUGAAUUUGUUCAGAACUACAAGAACCUCAGCUCAUUCAAUGAGAUUGAGCUUGCGAAUCUUCACAUGGAGUUGAGGCCCCACAUUCUGCGAAGAGUUAUAAAAGAUGUGGAGAAGUCCUUACCCCCAAAGAUUGAGCGUGUUCUCCGUGUUGAAAUGUCUCCUUUACAAAAACAGUAUUACAAAUGGAUUCUUGAACGCAACUUUCAUGACCUCAACAAAGGUGUACGUGGAAAUCAGGUUUCUCUUUUGAACAUUGUGGUGGAGUUGAAGAAAUGCUGUAAUCAUCCAUUCCUGUUUGAAAGUGCUGACCAUGGUUAUGGUUAUGGUGGAGACUCUGCUAUAAGUGGCAGCAGUAAACUAGAGAGGGUAAUUCUUAGCAGUGGAAAGCUAGUGAUCCUUGACAAGCUUCUUGACAGACUUCAUCAGACAAAUCACAGAGUUCUAAUAUUUUCACAAAUGGUUAAGAUGUUGGAUAUUCUAGCAGAAUACCUAUCAAUUAAGGGGUUCAAGUAUCAGAGACUUGAUGGAAGCACAAAGGCUGAAGCAAGGCAUCAAGCUAUGGAGCAUUUUAAUGCAACUGGAAGUGAUGAUUUCUGCUUCCUUCUUUCUACUCGUGCUGGUGGUUUAGGUAUCAACCUUGCAACAGCAGACACAGUUAUCAUUUUUGACUCUGAUUGGAAUCCUCAAAAUGAUCUCCAGGCAAUGAGCAGAGCUCAUAGAAUCGGACAACAGGAGGUUGUUAAUAUUUAUAGGUUUGUGACAAGCAAGAGUGUUGAGGAAGACAUCUUGGAACGUGCAAAAAAGAAAAUGGUACUUGACCAUUUGGUUAUUCAGAAACUAAAUGCAGAGGGAAGAUUAGAGAAAAAAGAAGCGAAAAAAGGGAGUGCAUUUGACAAGAAUGAGUUAUCAGCUAUUUUAAGAUUUGGAGCUGAGGAACUGUUUAAAGAAGAUAAAAAUGAGGAAGAAAGCAAAAAACAGCUUCUAAGCAUGGAUAUUGAUGAGAUUCUUGAAAGAGCAGAGAAGGUUGAACAGAAAGCUGCUGAAGACGAAGCAGGACAUGAAUUACUCAGUGCAUUUAAGGUUGCAAAUUUCUGCUCUGCUGAAGAUGAUGGAAGUUUCUGGAGUCGCUGGAUAAAACCUGAUGCCAUCUCACAGGCUGAGGAAGCCUUAGCCCCUCGGGCUGCAAGGAACAGCAAGAGUUAUGCUGAGUCCACCCCAUCUGAGAGAAAUAACAACAAAAGGAAAAAGAAAGGUGUUGAAUUACAACUACAAGACAGAGGAAUAAAACGCAGAAAGGCUGCUCCUGAUUAUUCCACUUAUCAACCACCACCACUUGAAGGAGCUUCUGCUCAAGUCAGAUCCUGGUCUUAUGGGACCUUACCAAAGAGAGACGCUACACGUUUUUUUCGUGCAGUGAAAAAGUUUGGAAACGAUAGCCAAAUGAGGAUGAUAAGUGAAGAGGUUGGUGGAUCUGUUGAAGCUGCUCCUGUUGAUGCACAGGUUGAGCUUUUUGAUGCUUUAUUAGAUGGUUGCAGAGAAGCUGUUAAAGGAGGAGGAGCUAUGGACCCAAAGGGGCCAUUGUUGGAUUUUUUUGGUGUUCCUGUGAAGGCUGAUGAUGUAUUGACCCGAGUGGAAGAACUUCAACUCCUUGCAAAAAGAGUAAACCGCUACAAUGAUCCAAUCUCACAGUUCCAGGCUUUGAUGUACCUCAAACCUGCAACUUGGUCUAAAGGCUGUGGCUGGAACCAGAAGGAUGAUGCAAGACUGCUGCUAGGGAUCCACUAUCAUGGAUUUGGGAACUGGGAAAAGAUACGUCUGGAUGAAAAGCUUGGCCUUUUGAAGAAGAUUGCUCCUGUGGAGCUUCAACACCAUGAAACUUUCCUACCACGUGCUCCUCAAUUAAAAGAAAGAGCUUCUCAACUUCUUCAAAUGGAACUUGUGGCUGUUGGUGGGAACGCCAAAGGAGGUCGAAAGCCCACUAAAAAGCAAAAAGAUCAAUUUCCAAUCACCAACCCGACUUCUCACACUAGAGCCAAACAGUGGAAACCAGGAGAAACAAAACUCCCGAAAAAUAAAAUGAAAAUGAAAAUGAAAAUGAAAAUGACACGUGGCAGUGGAAAGAAAAACGAGGGUUUGGUUAAAGAGGAAGGUGAGAUGUCAGACACUGAAGAAGUGUAUGAACAGUUUAAAGAAGUUAAAUGGAUGGAAUGGUGUGAAGAUGUCUUGACUGAAGAAAAAAAGACACUCGAGCGCCUUCAUCGCCUACAAACCACCAGUGCAGAUCUUCCUAAGGAAAAGGUUCUUUCGAGAAUUAGAAAUUAUUUGCAGCUUCUCGGGCGAAGAAUCGAUCAAAUUGUUAUCGACCAUGAGGAGGAUCUGUAUAAACAAGAAAAGAUGACAACACGUCUAUGGAACUACGUGUCAACCUUCUCAAAUCUAUCGGGUGCCAAACUUCAACAAAUCUAUUCCAAACUCAAACAAGAGAGAGACUCAGUAGGAGUAGGAGUGGGCCCUUCCCAAAUCAACGGAGGAGGUUUCAGAAACAACAACCAAUCAUCAUCCACAUUAGUCCACAAAGGUCUCGACACUGCAAAAUUCGAAGCAUGGAAAAGAAGAAGACGGGCCGAAUCCGACCCAAACACCCACACCCAUUUCCAAAGACCUUUUGCUAACGGGACCGGGACCCGUUUACCCGACCCAAGUAUCGGAAUCCUUGGGGCAGCCCCAUCUGAUACCCGACCCGCUUUCGGUCAAAGACAAGGAGGGUUCACCUUUUGUAGUAUGCUUGGAGGAGGGUAG